GCGAGAAAAAGUGAGAACACAAAAGCUAGCGAACGCGCUAGCUAGUUUAGCUUUUGGCGUUUGAAAUUAUUCUUGCUCUUCUGUGGUUACAAUGUCAGGAGGGGCAAACUUUGGAUUUCCUGGGACAAGCCAAGCCAGCCCCGGGACGUUUACGUUCCGGAAAAAGGACAGCAGUUCACCCGCUAGGUUCUGGGAGAGUCCGGAUACUUUAGCUCAACUGGAGGUGGUGCGACAGUGGAUCGGGAAGCACUACAAAAAGUAUGUGUCGGUGGACGCCCCAUCCUGCCAGGCAUUGGCUGCUGUCACCUUGCAGCUUCUGCAGUUUCAAGAAGAUGCUUUUGGCAGACAAGCUACCAACCCUGCACUCACAAAACUACCUGCACACUGUUUUAUGGACCUGCGACCAGGCGGUGGACUCUGCCACAUCCUUGGCACUAUUUACAAGUUCAAGGUUGAGCAGGGCUGGCGGAGGCUUGACUUGCAGAAUCCAUCCAGAACUGAGAGAAAUGUGGAGAUGUUUGUCGCUAUCGAGAAAGCUCUAAUCCAGAACAACUGCAUGGCUCUGCCUGUGGUGUAUCUUGAUCCUAUGGUUGAUCCGGAGCUGUCCAGCAGACUUGCUGGCAUCAUCAUCAGACACAGGGGUAUCAUCACUGAGGACAGAGACACCGCCAGUCAUCAUGUCUACACCGCUAUUGUUUCUACAGAAGAGGGUGACUGGAUGCGUCCCGUUAUGCGGAAGGACAAUUAUGUCCUGGUUCAUUGGGGGAUGCACCCUGACAGUUAUGACAGCUGGAUGUCCUCGGGUGACGUUGAAGGAGAAGUUGAAGAGCUGCUGCACACAGACAGGCCUUGGAGAGUUCAUGCUGGCUGGGCUCUGGACACAGAUGUCUUUAACGAGUGGAUGAACGAGGAGGAUUAUUGUGUAGAUGACAGGAACGUUCCUCUCAUCCUCCGUAGAAGAAUUCACCUCCAAGAAGAUCAGGACUCAAAGUGCACUCCCUCCAGAAAGAGAAGACGCUCCCCCUCCCCUUCCUCUGAAGGAAGGAAGAAAGGAAAGAAAGGGAGAAGACGUGGGCAGCCAGAUGAAGAGCCAGAGGAGGACCUGACAAAAGACAUGGAGGACCCUACACCUGUGCCUAAUAUGGAGGAAGUCAUACUGCCCAAGAACGUGAACCUGAAGAAGGACAGUGAGAAUACUCCGGUGAAAGGAGGGAUCAUGGCUGACCUCGACGAUCAGGAAGAUGACUUUCCGGGAAGGGAAGAUGAAGACGGACGAGAGGUUCCACGCCUGUUUGAGGGGGACGAUAACAUCACGGAGCAAACCCAUCACAUAAUCAUACCCAGCUACACGUCCUGGUUUAACUACAACAGCAUUCAUGCCAUAGAGAAACGUGCACUUCCUGAAUUCUUCAAUGGAAAGAACAAAUCAAAGUCUCCUGAAAUCUACCUGGCGUAUCGUAACUUCAUGAUCGACACGUAUCGGCUCAACCCCCAGGAAUAUCUGAGCUCCACGUCCUGCAGACGGAACCUGACCGGAGAUGUCUGCGCUCUCAUUAGGGUGCAUGCACUUUUGGAGCAGUGGGGUUUAAUCAACUACCAGGUGGAUGCAGAGAGUAGACCCCUCCCUAUGGGACCUCCACCCACGCCUCACUUCAACGUGCUGGCCGACACGCCGUCGGGGCUGGCCCCUCUCCAGCACAAGCCCCUACAGGUGCCGGUGUCUCCAGGCCAGCUCUUCCUGUGCCUUCUGAUGAGCACUGUGCUGAGACUCUUUGUCCUGCAGGUGUCCGCCUCGCAGCACACGCUGUUUUUCCCAGAGAAGAGCCGAGAGAAGCCGUCAGACUGCCAGAACUUCGGUCUGCGCCCCGACAUUUACACCAGGAAACACCCGAAGACCAAAGGAGCAAAUGCAGGAAGAGAGUGGACAGAGCAGGAGACUCUCUUACUGCUGGAGGCUUUGGAGGUCUACAGGGAUGACUGGAACAAAGUAUCAGAGCACGUUGGCUCCAGAACACAGGACGAAUGUAUCCUCCACUUCUUACGUCUGCCGAUAGAAGACCCCUACCUGGAGGAUUCGUCGGCCUCUUUGGGCCCGCUGGCCUAUCAGCCAGUGCCUUUCAGCCAAUCAGAAAACCCUGUGAUGAGCACCGUGGCCUUCCUGGCGUCCGUGGUGGAUCCGCGUGUGGCAUCGGCCGCAGCUAAGGCUGCGAUGGAGGAGUUCUCCAAAGUGUACGAGGAGUCGUUGGAUAAAGCCUCUGAAGGAUUCAACCAGUCAGCAAGGACGGAUUCACUGAAAGCAGAAAAGCUGGACUCCAACUCUCAUCAGGUCUCCGUGAGGGUGGAUGGAGUCAAGAUGGAACCCGACCUGUCUAAAGUGGAGGGAGAUGAAUUGAAGAGUGAACAUGCUGAAGCUAUGCUGACAGAGGAGAGAGAUGGCAGGGGAGAUAACAAUGAGAGCAGGAGAGAUGGAGAAGGGGAGGACGGCAGGAGAACGAUGGAGAUGGAGCUGGUGGAGGGCAGCGUUCCCGUGGCAGCAGCAGCUGCUCUGUUGUCGGCAGCCUCAAAAGCAAAGCACUUGGCAGCAGUAGAGGAGAGGAAGAUCAAGUCCCUGGUGGCUCUGCUGGUGGAGACCCAAAUGAAGAAGUUGGAGAUCAAACUGAGACACUUUGAGGAGUUGGAGACCAUCAUGGACCGAGAGAAAGAGGCUCUGGAACUCCAGCGGCAGCAGCUCCUGACAGAGAGACAGACUUUCCACACGGAGCAGCUGAAGCAGGCAGAAAUGAAGGUCCGCCAGCAGAGAGAGCAGCAGGGACAGAGCGCUUUCAGCCUGCAGCACUCUGGUCAGCCCAUGCCCAACCGCAUGAUGCCUGGAGCAGGAAAUGCCCAGACGAUACCCCCCCGACACCCUGGAGCCCUCAAUGGAAUGUAUCCGUCCUCGCAGCCCGAUGUGACAGUUGCUCAUCAGACCGCUCCUCCGUCCUCCACUCACAGCUGAACUCCUCAAGAGAAGAAGAGAAGCUCCAGCCCAGAGUUCAGGAACACAUGCUUGAUUUAAAGUCUAACUCUAGAACUAGAGUUUCCGUUUGUUGUCAGCCUGAAAGCUUUGCGAGCACAUAAACACAGCUGGUGUGUGUUUGGUCUACAGUUUGUCUCAUCUGUCAGUUAUUUGUGUUCGGAUGUCAAGAGUUGAGAAUGAAAACUCAACUCAUUAAAGUGUUUAUAUGAA